AUGACGGGGCGGUGUACUUGCCCCACGCUGUCCUCGAACCAUCGCGCCACCGCGGAGAGCCUGAACAACACUCUCAUCGGCGGGAGGAAGAGGAAUUACUACCACGACGACAUGUGGAACCUCAAGUACCUGCGCAAGUUUAAGUGGGACCACCUGACGGAGAAGGUGGCCUACGAGCGGAGAGUGCGGUCGCAGAAGCUGCGCCUUGAAACGAUGCAGGCGAAGAGAGAAAACGCGCGGUACGUGGAGCUGGUGGAGAGCGGGCGGUCCUUCGCCAAGAUGGAAGAGCGCAAGAGAAAACGCAAACAGGAUGGGGGCGACGACAACAACGCAGCAUCAGCAGCCCCCACCAUAGGGGGGGGAUCGCAGGCGGCGGCGGCGGCGGCGGCGGCAGCGGCAGCCAAGUCGACGGCAGGGGGGGGGGAGGGGGUUCCGGGGAAUGCCGCGCCGGCGGGGGUCGGGGACUCGCACCGGCGCAUUCGGAGACGCUUCAAACAAUCAAGUCCUGUCGGCGAUGUUGGAGGGGGCGGCGGGGGAGGGAUGGACGCCAAGGUUUUGCGAUCUGUUUUCGGCGGCGGCGAUGGCGGCGGCGUUCGCAGAAGGAAGGGCAACAAGGAGGAUGGGUAG